CUUCACUAAUACAGUACUGUACUUCAACACCUAGGGGUAUGUCAACACCUACAUCAAAUCAAUCUCUGUCUCUCCAAUCCAUCAAUACCUUCACGAAUCAAAACAAACGAGACGAAUAAGCAAGGAAAGAAAAGAAAAGAAAAGCAAAAAUGGUCCAGAAAGAAGCAGUUCUCACGGACAAAGCUCCGGCUCCGUUGGCGUUCUUCUCGCAGGCUAUUAAGUGUCAGGGAAUGGUUUAUUGUUCGGGAAGUAUUGGAGGUGAGGUUUCCCUUCAUUUUCUUUGGUAUUUUGCAAGUUGUUCUAUUCCUUCGAGGAGCAUUGGUUUCAGGAAAGCUUGUCAGGCGUUGAAGAGGUGGAUGGACGAGGCAAUUCAAAGACGACAUUUAUGGUGGACUUGGGUUGGCGAUUGAAAUGAGGUGGAGUUACUGUGAUCCCUUAGACAUGGAGUGGAGGAUGUGAACUCCCUAUAUAAAUUUCUCAAAUUUCUCCCAAAAAUUUAAUUACAACCUUUCGUAAUUUUUUUAGCCACCAAGAAACUAACACCAUACAAAGUCGAUCCAGCAACCGGAAAGAUCGUCGAAACCGGAAUCCAGGGACGCACUGUAUAUAUCCCCUCUUCCCACCAAAACAAACAAGAAACACUUCACUAAUCAGACUCCACGUAUCAGGAACAAAUCCUCAAGAAUCUUGCAGCAGUACUAGAAGCAGCCGGCUCAUCAAUCGACAACUGCGUCAAAGGUAUUCCCUCACAUCCUUUCACAUCCUCUUCACUUUCCCCUUUACUUUAUCCACUUGCCACCUUUAAACGCCACGAAAUUCCUACUCAUAAGAUAAAAGUCAACGUCUUCAUCACCAAGAUGGAAAACUUCGCAGCCAUGAACGAAGUCUACGCCAAGGUAUUUACCAAAGACCCAAAGCCAGUGCGAACUUGUGUUGCGGUUUUUGAGUUGCCGCUUGGUACGGAUGUGGAGAUUGAGUGCGUGGCUCAUAUGUAAGGUUUGAUUCUUUGUUCUUAGGGAGAAGCGGUGAUGGAUGAUUUUUUAGAGGGUGAGAGAUGGUGAGUGGUAGGCUGAUUGGGAGUAGGGGAGGGGAGGGAGAGAGAAGCAGGUUGUGAGGAUGGGGAAAUGGAAAGGUGGAGGAUGAUUGGGAGGCAAGGGAUUGAGGGCAUCACAAGUUGAAGUUAGCCAAAUUUUCAAGAAUUAAAAGUUCCGUACUUGUGAACACUCCAAUACAAGAAUUCAGCCGGGAACAACGACUGGUCCUUUGAUACAGUAUGCCUUGUGCUGACACACGUGAUCUCCUCAUCGUUGUGUAAUUUGUGGUUGGCGAUCACCUCACGGCAGCUCAGCCUCACUACAUUACGUUUCUAGGAAACCGGGCUCAAAGAUAUAUAACCAACCUUUCUGAAAUCGUACUGAACCCAAAACUAAUUGAGCCCGGAUAACUGGUGAGCUGGAUCCAAAGGGAAACCAAGUUCUUAUUGACAAUGUCAUCGCCGCCACAAGAACCUGGUCAAGAGCCUUUGGAAACUGGCGGUGCUAACAAUGUUACUUUAUCGACUGCCUCCAUUGAGUUACAGUCAACAUCAUGGCGUUGGGAGUACCUCCCAUCCUACCGACUACUCCAGCUUGAUGUUGAAACAUACCUCAUCCAAGUCUUUGGGGAAUAUAAUUUCUAUAUUCAUGUAUGCGUCCUCCAAGAUUCCCAUUUUUUAUCUGGUAUACUAAUCAAAAAAUAUCUCAGUGGUGAUAAUUGGGUCUUCUGGGUUCCCCGAGCUCUAUCGGAUGUAAGUAGAGGGAAUCGUGACAACACUGAUGCCACAAUAUACCCAUAGCAACCUAGCUUACUAACAUAAAACAAGGACGAAAGAUACACUCUAUUAUCUCGACGAUACCUCCGCAGGUUCAAUCGACCCCGACAAGAACCAGCACCUCCCGCUUUCGCACAUACGUCCAUCCAGCAUAAUCAUAUCCUAAGAACUAUCUUACCAGUAGAAAGACUGGGAGCACCGUCUUUGGAACGAUGUCGAGCUUUUGAAAUCAUUCUGAUUUCCUGGUUUCCCGUUGCGGUUGUGAGUCUUGGGACUGGUCUCUGGCGCUCAUUUGCAACGGGUGGUGAGGGCAAAGGUUUCACGGAUGCUGCAUGGGUUGUUGCUACUGGGAGUGUGGUACUACUUGCCGUGCAGAAGAUACAUGAUCGACGGUGUAAGUUGGUAAGGUUAGGGGUGGAUUAGAUAUAUACGG